AUGGCGACCAAGGUGUUGGUGAGGCCAUUGGCCUCCGUAAGCAGCGCCAAUGGCUUCAUGAGGAGCUUUGCGACGGGUCCUUCGAAGCCGGUGGCACACUUGUUGAGGGCUGAGCCUGGGAGACGAGCUGUGCAGAUACCACGACAGAAGGUGCAGAAUGCUUUCCGCAGGUCCUAUGCGGAGAUCUCGCCGGAGACACAGAGGGUGGUGAAGAGGAGAUCAUGGCGCUUUCUGCGAUGGACUUGGAGGUUGACUUAUCUGAGUGUUAUCGGUGGAUUGGUGUAUACUGGUUAUGGCAUCUAUCAAAAUCGCACGCCGGCCGAGCAGGUCGAUCCGGAUCCGAGCAAGAAGACGCUCGUCGUUCUGGGCACUGGCUGGGGCUCCGUCUCACUUCUCAAGAAACUCGAUACGGAGAAUUACAAUGUCAUCGUUGUCUCGCCUCGCAACUACUUCCUGUUCACGCCACUCCUCCCAUCAUGUACCACCGGCACAAUCGAACACCGAUCCAUUAUGGAACCAAUCCGAAACUUCCUACGUCACAAGAAAGCUGCUGUCAAGUAUUACGAAGCCGACUGUACCAAGAUCGAUUACGAGAACAAGAUGAUCUAUAUCAAUGACGACUCUGAGAUCAAGGGCAGCACAUCUGCAACCGAGGUACCUUUCGAUAUGCUUGUGGUUGGUGUCGGCGCCGAGAACGCUACUUUCGGUAUCCCUGGUGUUCGUGAGAAUGGUUGCUUCUUGAAGGAGGUCGGCGAUGCACAGAAGAUUCGCAAGCGUAUCAUGGACUGCGUCGAGACUGCCACAUUCAAGGAUCAAUCGCCUGAGGAGGUCAAGCGUUUACUACACAUGGUUGUCGUUGGUGGCGGCCCGACUGGUGUUGAAUUCGCCGGCGAGCUUCAAGACUUCUUCGAGAACGAUCUCCGCAAAUGGGUACCUGAAAUCGCCGAUAACUUUCACGUCACGCUUGUUGAGGCUCUACCCAACGUCCUGCCGUCCUUCUCGAAGAAUCUGAUCGAUUACACCGAGCAGACUUUCAAGGAGGAGACGAUCGAGAUCCGCACGAAGACUAUGGUCAAGAAUGUUACGGAAAAGUACAUCGAAGCUCAAUACACCGACGCGCAAGGCCAGAAGCAGCUGGAACAGAUCCCUUAUGGUCUGCUUGUCUGGGCUACUGGUAAUGCUCUCCGACCUGUCGUCAAGGACCUCAUGUCCCAAAUUCCGGCUCAAAAGGACUCCCGUCGCGGUCUAGCCGUCAACGAAUACCUGGUCGUGAAGGGUACCGAGAACAUCUGGGCCGUAGGUGACUGUGCUAUAGCAAACUACGCUCCCACGGCACAAGUCGCGGCGCAGGAAGGUGCUUUCCUCGCUCGUCUCUUCAACCAAAUGGCGAAGACGGAGGAGAUCGAGACGGAACUUGCCUCGCUCUCCAUUGCGCAAGAGAAGGCUGCCAACAAGGAAACCCGAGACGAUGCGUUUGCCAAGAUCAAGGACCUGCAGAAGAGGCUACGACGGGUGAAGUCUAUGGGUCCAUUCGAGUACUCACACCAGGGCUCACUCGCGUACAUUGGAAGUGAAAAGGCAGUUGCGGAUAUUAGCUGGCUGACCGGUAAUCUGGCGACUGGUGGACAGCUUACCUAUUUCUUCUGGAGAAGUGCUUAUUUGAGCAUGUGCUUCAGCACUCGCAAUAGAAUCCUGGUGAUCAUGGACUGGAUGAAGACUCAAGUCUUUGGUCGUGACGUCUCGAGAGAGUGA